AUGGAGACAUUAAACAACCAAAAUGGUGUCGAAAUUAACAAUUUAAGAAGAGAAUUGCAAGAAAAAACAACAAUUAAUAAUCAAAUUAAUGAAGAAAACAAUAGAUUAAAGAGAGAUAUACAAAACAAAGAAGCGCAAAAUAAUCAAAUUAAAGAAGAAAAAAGCAAGUUAAUGAAUGAUAUUCAGGCGAAAGAAACAACAAUAACUCAGAUCCAAAAUGAAAACAACAGAUUAAGGAAUGAAUUACAACAAAAGGAAAUAACAAUUAGCAAAUUGAAUGAAGAAAACAAUAAAUUAAAGGAUGCAGUCGAACACAAAGAAUCUAUUAUUUCCCAGUUUAAUGAAGACAAUGAAUAUCCAAAAGAUUUUCAAGUGAAACUUGAGAACCUUAAAAAGUCUAAAGAUUUUGAAAGUGCCUACAACUUCCUAGAUGAAGUUUCACAGACUGGAAAUCAACAAUUAAUGGCAACACUUGUUCAAGAAAAAUUUUGGGAAAGAAAGUUCAAGAAUCGCAAAGGAGAGAGAAAUGUUCUUCAUAUUGCAUGCGAACGAGGAAAUGUCAGACUUGUUCAAUCUCUCAUUGAAGGUGGUGUUGAUAAAAAUGUGAAGAAUAAUGUUGGCAAUACACCAUUGAUUUUUGCAUCAACAGAAGGUCAACUUGAAGUAGUCAAAUAUCUUAUUUCAAUUAAAGCUAAUCAGUUUGCAAAGAAUUAUUCAGAUGAAACAAUUCUUCAUAGAGCGUGCGCUGAAGGUCAUCUUGAAGUUACUGAAUAUCUGAUAUCAGUUGGUUGCGACAAAGAAGCUAAGAAUAAAAACGGAUACACGCCACUCAUUUAUGCAUCUUACAAAGGUCUAUUUCCAUUGGUUAAAUAUCUUAUCAGUAUUAAUGCUGAUAUGGAAGCGCAAGAUAACAACGGUGAAACUCCACUUCAUAAAGCAGCGUAUGAAGGCCAUUUUGAAGUAGCCAAAUAUCUUAUCUAUUCAGGAGCAAAUAUUAAUUCAAAGAGCAAAAAUGAAUCUACUCCUUUGAUCAUUUCAUCUCAGCGCGGAAAUCUUGAAAUUGUUCAACAUCUUAUUAUAAAAGGAGCUAAGGUAGAAUCAGUAGAUAUUAAUGGUGAUACAGCACUUAUUCGAGCGUCAGCAGAAGGUAAACUUGAAGUUGUCAAGCAUCUUGUUUCAAUUGGAGCAAAUAAAGAAGCAAAGAAUAAAAACGAAUAUACUCCGCUCAUUUAUGCAUCAUUCCAAGGUCAAAUCGAAGUUGUUAAAUAUCUUAUCGCUGAAGGAGCUAAUAAAGAUGUGAAAGAUAAUAAAGGAAAUGGUCUUCUCAAUGGCGCAAAAAGCAACGUCAGAGACUAUUUGAUUUCAAUUGGAGUUAAAUAA